UUCAUUCAUUCAUUCAUUCACUCAUUCAUUCGUUCGUAUAUCAUAUCAUCAUAUCGCGUCCCUUCCUUUCUCUCUUUCUCUCACAACACAUUACCAACUUUCUGCACUCCUCACUCUCAAUUCGCCAUUCCCCCUUUUCCUCAGGAUGGCGAAGAAGCGGAAAUCCGUGGCCACGCGCCUCGACGAAGUGGAUCGAACCAUGUACUCCACUUUCUGCAGCACCGCCAAUUCCCUAUCGCAUCUCUACACCCACGCCAUGAACCAACAGAAACUCUCCUUCCAGGCCGGUGAACGACACGCUCUCGAGAAAUUGUAUCAAUGGAUUCUCAGACAGCAGCAGGAUGGAUCUAGGGUGACCACCGUUGAUAUAGUUACCCACUUGCAGAAUGAGCUUGAAUAUGGAGGUGAGGAGGCACCAGCAUCCCCAAGGCAGCCGAUGCAUCAACAGAACUCCCAGAAUGCAAUGCACAAUAACUUCGGUGCGUGUGUACCCUCUAAUGCAUUUGGAGCAACUGCAGUAGGACAAGGGAUACGUGCUGGGCAACCUGAUCAACAAGCAAAGAACUCUGUGUUCUCAAAUGCACUCUCUAGCCCCAUUCGUCGCAGCCUUCAGCCGUAUCAUAUGGCACAGGGAGGCUUUUCUUCAGGUAAUAUAAUGUCAUCUGGAAAUGGAACCCGGAAUAGUGAGAUGACUUAUCCUAGCGGCCUGAACAGGGACAUGAAUUCUUCCAAUACCAGUGAUUGCAUGGACAUGCAUUCAGACAGUCCUGCUCAUGAUUUUUCAUACUGAUGCUGUCAUAGUUAGAAUAGGGAACAGAAAAGAUCAUUUAUGAAAUAUGUUGUCAUAAAUGUGUGGUGAAAAAUGUCAAAUUUAUUGUGGAUAUACUUCAAUUUAUUUGUGUAGUAUUGUCUUCCAGUUUGAAGCUUGAACCUUGAACUAUGUUAAACAGAUAGUUCUUGAAAAUGUUGGUCAUCUCCCAAACAAUAGUCAUACUAGUGUUUGGUGUUUGCAUGAAA